AUGUUUUGUGCGGUUUGUGGUGCCAGAUUUAUCGCUGAUGCGAGAUUUUGCGAAGUUUGCGGGUUAACGAAAGGUGUGAAAGAUGAAGAUAACACUAUACUUACGUUUGACGAUUACAGAGAUAGAAAAAGGAAAGAACGAAGCUCGAGGUUUGUUAGUAAAUCUGUGAAGAAAGUGAAAAAGGAAAACAGCGAGAAUGAAGUCACUAUACAAAUAGGUCUUAUCAGGUUAAAAGACGGACAAUUGAAAGCGAUUAGAGGGUCGUCAUUGCCGCUUAAAGUCUUUCCAUCAAUUGGUGCGGAGGAACUUCUCAGGAAAGGAGCCGAAAAGAUGGUGAAGUUCAACAGCGACUUAAGCUUAUAUGGUGCCAGUAGUUUUACGUUGUUGUAUCCUGACAGAACCGAAGUGAAGUGCCUUCCAGGGGGAACGGAACCGUUUACACUACAACGAUACAAGGAGGAAUUAGGGAAGGCUUACGGCCGAAUUACCUUAUACCUCUGCAAAACAACAGCUAUCAUGGAUGCUUUGUUUUUGAAAUCGUAUUACAGUGAUGAAAGUGAUGUCAGUUUGCCAACUUACGAAGAGUUGACGAAAAUGGCACAAGGAACUGAAAGUGAAGGAGAUAUAGGCCGUAGGCUGAACCAUACUGUCACAAAUACAUCCACAUUCCUCACAGCGGUAAAAUUUCCGCACAGCCCCAAUAGUAUGGGGCUGUGCGGAAAUUUUACCCUCACAGCAACAGGGAACACAAUUACUACCCCCUCAGUGGCAAGGAACACUGCAGUUACAACCCACACAGCAACCAGGAACACAGUUACAACCCAUACAGCUACAAGUAGCACAUUCAUAACCCAGACAGCUGCAAGCAACAUAUCCACAGCCCAGACAGCUGCAAACUCAGAUACAUUAACUCAAGGGGUUCACUCAGCAGUCACGGGUGCAGAUGCUGUAGAUGUUGAAGCUCUGUUAACAGAGGGUCCUGUUCAAAAGAUAAUUCUGUAUAGGGCUUUACUUAAGGAUAAUUUGAUCGAAACCUUUAAGGAUCCUACAAUACUUCAUGUUAAUCUAGAUGUGACCUUUACUGGCAGCAAUGGUAGGGAGGAAGAGGGAAAGGGGGCUGAUGUUUUACGUGAUGCAUUAUCCACUUUCUGGAACUAA